CCACCAACUACUUUGCUGAAAUCAACUCCCAUUCAGAAAAGUACGGACGGAAGCUUUCGGAAGUCAUUGAUCGCGUCUCGACAAAGCGGCCAUGACUUCACAGCAGAGCUUUAUCAAGUUCCAUGGAUCUCACUGAAGAUUAUGAGAGUUCCCGCGGCCAACUUGACCAGCCACCCAACCAUGAAGCUGGCCCGAGUUCUAAACCGGCCCGAAUGUCCACUUUGGCCCUACAAUCUGAUUCACGAAGAAGAACAGAGCCUACUCGAGGCUUCGCUAUCCCCGAGUCGUCUUCUUCCAUCCAAAAGAUCCCUAAUUUCAACUCUCGUUCCCUCCAUGAUCAACAGUCUGAUGAUCAGACCCUCGGACAAGUCGAUCCAUCUUCCCGGGGCGGAUUAGAGCUCAGUACUACGAAUAGGCUACAACCGAAGAGAUCAAUUGACCCAGGCUUACGAAUUAGUAGCCCGGAUGACGAAGUGGAAGCAUCAACUCUUCGAAGCAACCGGAGAGAAAACCCAGAAUCUCUUCUUUCGGACUUGUCUCGUCCGCUCCGGAUGCCUUUCCAGAACUCUUUUGCCCACAUCCAAGAUUCGCCGGACCUGCCACAGCAGCGUCCAGCACAAGGGCCACGGCAAAUAAGUAGACCUCUCUGCAUACCAGAAUCACGAGGUACGGCCGGCUCCAGACCUCAGACCCAGGCUAAUUUCACUCCCUAUUCAACGGACGUGCCAAAGCCGAGUCCCAUAACGCAGCCCCGGGAGGCCUCGAGCUCAAACGAAACUCUCCUCAAACAGGGACGUCCACCUCAGAAAACGGGAAGAAAACAGCCAAAGGCGAAGGCUUCACAGCAAUCUCUGGAAAGUGGGGACAGUGAUACUUCUGACGCACGCCCAUACUACUUCUACGACCCCGGCCCGAAGAUCUAUCGGCCCUUCAGCGAAUUCCCAGACGCUUUGUCAAGCGAGCUGAAAGAUGCCUUCCACGCCGCGACUGAAGGCACACGGGACAGCUUGAAGAGAUUCCGAUCAAUGAAGUCCGAGAAAAAAAUCGGUAACCAUUGUGACUCAGAGCUGUGUAUUCUAGCAGCUGUACGGGAAAAGAAGAAUAAUAAAUCUCCACAUAUCGAAAAGAACCUUCGAGCAUGUUCUGGAUGCGCAAAACGGAAGAGACCCUGCGUUGUGGUGCGUAAACUCGACGCAACACAAGAGUACAUUCUGCUCUUCUUGCCAUUACCAGUGAAAGAGAUCCCUGCUUUCACUUCGGUUUUGGACCGCAGGUUCUGGCUAAGAUAG